GCCGUGCGGAAGCGGCGCCGAGCCGGGCCGGGCCGGGCCGUGACGCGCCGCCGGUGCUCGUCGCCGCGGGCAGGAUGGCGGAGCCCGGCCGGCCGCAGCGGAAGCUGUCGCGGGCCGGGGAGAGCCUCUACCAUGUGCUGGGCCUGGAGAAGGGCGCCUCCCCCGAGGAGAUCAAGAAGGCCUACCGGAAGCUGGCGCUCAGGUACCACCCGGACAAGAACCCCGAGGACCCGGCGGCGGCCGAGCGCUUCAAGGAGAUCAACAGCGCCCACGCCACGCUGAGCGACGAGGGCAAGCGGCGCCUCUACGCCGAGUACGGCUCCAUGGGGCUCUACGUGGCCGAGCAGUUCGGCGAGGACAGCGUCAAGUACUACUUCCUCAUGUCCAAGUGGUGGUUCAAGGCCCUGGGGCUGUGCUGCGGCAUCAUCACCUGCUGCUGCUGCUGCUGCUGCUGCUGCUUCUGCUGCGGCAAGUGCCGGCCGCCCGAGGAGGACGAGUCCUACAAGUACGUUGAUCCCGAGGACCUGGAGGCGCAGAUACGCGCAGAGGACAACGAUAUGCAGAUACCUAUUGUGGCCCAGCCCCCACCCGCUGGAGCAGAGCCAUCGCCAGGCGUCAGCACCAAGACGAAUGCAUGAGGCUGGCAUCAGCCCGCCAACAGCCCCAGGACUCUGGGCAGGGAUCCCCCUUGGGGACUCACUUUCCAGGACCCCUAUUGUGCCACCCAGGGUGGCUGUCCGGCCUCACUGUGGCUAGAAUCUCAGGUUAAAUUGGCCAGCAUCAGUGCAGAGGCUCCUUUGCCCCUGUUCAAGCUCCACAGAGAUACCCCCUGUAUCCUAGCACUGGCGACAGAGGGGGCCUGGAGCCCCUUGCUGCUGUGCCCCAUCCGCGGUGCCUCUUCUGCAGCUGCAUCCCAGCCCAGCCGUGGGCGCUAGCUCUCAGGUGAGGCCCCGCUGAAGGCAGACUGAACCCACUGUGAACUGGACUAUGACCGGAGAGGCCGGGACUGGCUCCCCACUGGGACCAGCUGCUGGCACAGCACUCUAGCCCUGUGCACAGCCCAGCCACUCACCAGCAGCGCCCGGCGCCCCUGGCCUGCAUGCACCCUGGCCCCUUGUUGCCCUGCUGGCUCUGGCUUGGCUGGGGGCCGCUGUUUGUGGCUGGAGCCAGGUGCCCUCCUUGGGGCCCAGCAGCCUGCCGGCAGCGCGCAGGGGCUGCCUGGCCCAGGCUCCGCAGCCUGUGGGGCGCAGCCGAGGGUACUAGAGACCAUUAGCACUGUAAUCCCUGGGGCUGGGCUGAGCCCGCUGCCUGCCCGUAUGGGGACCCUCUGUGUGGGUGCUGGGUGCCAAAUGCUGCUCGCGGGGCCGGUGCGCAGCCGUCUGUACCUCCUUCCUCCGUGCCCCGAGGUGCCGGGGCACCGCCUGCACCCCGCUCUGCCUGUUGCUGGCAGGCUCCCUGCAGGGCUGGGCCCGGGCACAGGCACUUUCCUUGGGUUUGUAGAGGUUUUAUGGCACCAUUAAAGGAUGAUGGGAGGGGAA